CAUGCCUCAGCAGCUGUCGGGAAGACCUCCUUAUUCCCACUCGUGACUCCCAUGCACUUCCCUUACGGCAUACUCAUGUGGCUAUGUGGGUGCCGUAGAUUGCUGUUAUCCUCCAUAUCUCCCGCAAUCGUCGCCAAACUGAAACAUACAAAAGAAGCUGAGAGGAGAGAAAAGUGGAAGAAAAGGACGGAAACGAAAAGGAAUUUUUGGAAUGCUUUUGGGUUUGUGUUGAAUCUAAUUCAUAUAACGCUAUUUUGCUUCUAUACCUUCUCUAUUAUUCUUAGUCUUGCUUGCUCCUCUAUGCCUCAAUCUUAGUGGCUUGACUAACGUGGGUCCAGUGAACGCAACUUCUCGGUCGACAGGCGUUUGUUGCCGGCGGUGUAGCAGAUGGGUUGCGUCAGCUCCAAGCAGGCAGUGCCGGCGACGCCUGCUUUGGACCAUUUCGGUGCGUUCCUGGACAGCAGUGUCGGGUCGGGUAAAUCGGGUCGUAUACGAACCGGUUCGGGAGAGAAUGAGAAGGGGAAUGGUAGUAAUAAUAAGAAAAAGAGUGGCAAGUCGUUGGUGGUGGUGGGGUUGAGUGGUGUCGAGUUGGGUGAGUCCGGGAGACCGAGUUCGAACGUGAACUAUUCUUCAUUGAGCUUCAGAUUGGGGAAUUUGCAAAAGUACGUGGAGGUGGAGCACGUGGCGGCUGGCUGGCCUGCUUGGCUCAGUGCCGUCGCCGGCCAAGCCAUUCAUGGCUGGAUUCCUCUCCGAGGCGACGCCUUUGAAAAAUUAGAAAAGAUUGGACAGGGAUAA